AUGACGGUAAAUGCACAAAAAUGGGUAGAGAAAAAUUGUCACCGAGAUAUUAUCAGUUUAGACAUUAGCAACAAAAAAUUAAAAGGUCCCUUACGAUUCGAGGGUUUUAAUAAAUUAAAAUAUUUAGAUUGUUACAAUAAUGACUUGACUAGUUUGGACGUAAGCGAUUGUACGAAUCUGGUUAGUAUCCGCGCUAAUUACAAUAGAAUUCACAAAAUAGAUUUACCGAGGAAUGACAAGGGAUUGGAGUAUUUAAACUUACUUGAUAACAAUUUCACUGAUCAAGAUUUACGUUGCUUUAGUAGAUUUGUUAAUUUAAAAGAUUUACAUAUAGGAAAUACUGGUACUGAAACUGAUAGGGAGGAAAAUAUUUAUAAUCGUUUUCAUGGCAGUUUGGAACCUUUGAAAACCUUAAUAAAUCUGGAAAGUUUAAGUAUUAAUAAUACCGAUAUUAACUCUGGUUUGGAAUACUUGCCUAGCAGUGUUGAAAUUUUGCGAUGUUCAGCGAAAGAAAGAAAAGUCAAAAAGAUAUGUGAAGAUCUUAGUAUUUUCGCAAUGGACGAUAACGACGUCUUCGCGGGUAGAUAUAAUUUGAAAGCGUGGAAAAAAAAUUGGAUCUUGUCUACUAAAUUAGAGAAAGAAAAAGACGACUUUCAUUACCAAUUGGAAGAGUUAAAUAAGAAGUUAAGUGAAAAUGAAUAUUUGAAUACUCAACAGACGAAAUUGGAAAAAAAAAGGGGAGAAGUGCUUGUUAAACAAGAAGAAUUGAAAUCAAAAAAAAUUCAAUUGGAGCAAGAUAUAGAAAAUUUGCAGCAAAAAGUCAAAGAUUUGAACACAAAGGUAGAACAAACAGAGAUUAUUUAUCAACAGAAAAAGCGAGAAUUAGAUGAAAAGUUGAAAAGUUUAAAUUCCUUUACCGCCGAGAAAUUAAUGGAAAAAGAAAGGUUGCAUAAAGAAGCUAAUGAUUUAAAAGAAGACUUGGCUAUAAAAAGAAAGGUUAAAGAGAAAUUGGAUAAGAAAUUACAAAAAAAUACCGAAGAACUGGAGAAUAAGAAAAAAGAGAUCGUAAAUUUACAACAUCAAUUUGAUGCAAAUGAACUCAUCAUGUCCGAUAUAAAAAUGGAAAAGGAAGAAUUAUUACGUCUCAAAAGAGAAUUGAACAAUAAAGUAUAUAAGGGAAAAUCUAGUACAGCUGACUUAAGAAAGAGAAUGGAUGAUUUGGAAAAACAAAUUCGUUUAAAAAAAAAUGAAUUAAAAAAGCCAUUGUUGGAAAAUUUACAAAUACAAGAAAGACUCGAUGGGGCCAGAGAAAAUGUGCAGACUCUCGAAGAUGAAAAGGCUUACCUGAAAACCGUUUUGAAAAUACAUGGUGAAAAUAUGCAAUAUUCCAAAGACCUGAUUUUUGAUCUUGAAACCCAAUUAAAAGAGAAAGAAGAUCUUAUUAAUGAGCUCCAACGAAAAAAUCAGCAGCAGAUUGAUUACCUUGAAAUCCAAUUAAAUGAGAAAGAAUAUCUCAUUAAUGAACUUCAACAAAACAAUGAGCAGCAAAAUAUUGGCCUUGAAAUCCAAUUAAAGGAGAAGGAAUUUCUUAUUAGUAAGAUCCAGCAAACGAACCAGCAACGGCUAGGAGAAAUAAAUUGUUUGUUUUCUAAAAUACAAACUAAAGAAAAUGAGUUAAAUAAAUUAUCUAAUGAUUUUAUUUCUGAAAGUGAACUUGGUAGAGCAGGGAAAGAUUUGUUAAAGAAACUUUUGAAAGAACAAGAUAAAUUUAUCCGAUUUAAUGAUUACUCUUCUGAAGAACUGGAAAAAACUAAAAAGGAAAUUAUAAAAGGUCACUUAAAUUCGGAUGAUGUCCAAAAUCUUUCAAGUCUUCUAAAUAAACAAGCGGAAAUUAUUCGGUUAAAGUUGCAAUUAGAGUCCUUAACAACAAUUUAA